CCCAUAGUCACGACGGUACCCCUCCUUCGGCUAGCUAAUUUUAUAUGUAGCUUUUUGCAUGCAGCUCAUAGUAGGGUUUGUUUUUUAUUUUUUAACCUCAACUCCGCAAGCGCAAGAUUACAACGCAGCGACACCGCCGCAACUACUCGGUCUACGGCGACAUUACUUUCGACUUGCUUGAUCAAGCUGGUGAACAGCCGCGUUGGGGGAUGGGUUCAACCGGCAAUGACCGAUUCAAUGAGGAGGCGGCGACAUGGGAUAGCGAUCCAACCGUCAACAAGGCAAGCGAGGAGGCGUUCAGAGCAAUUGUAGAUACCUUUCCGCAGCUUAGACAGAAUGGAGAGGAAACCAUUGACGUCUUGGAAAUUGGCUGCGGCACUGGACUACUGUCACUCCGCAUCGCGCCACUCGUGCGGUCUCUUGUCUCUGUCGACGCAGCUCCAGGUAUGAUCACGGCCCUUGAGAGCAAGCUGCGUGAUCCAUCAGCACCCAAGAACAUCACUCCACUAGCUCUUAUUCUCACCGAUCCUUCUGAUCGGAACCUCCCGCCGCAAUCACCAUCCAAUCCAGAGGGCCCGCGGCGUCAAUUCCAUUUGAUCCUCAGCCAUCUGGUAUUGCAUCACAUUCCAGAUCUACGCGAGACCUUGCAAACCAUGUACGACUGCCUCCUCCCAGAGGGAUCGGUCGCCCUGACAGAUUUCGAGGACUUUGGCCCCGAGGCGCGUCGUUUCCACCCUGAGUCAAAGAUGGAGGGAGUGGAACGUCACGGUAUUCAUGCCGAGUCGUUUGCGCAAUUGAUGCGUGAAGUUGGCUUUGUCGAUGUGGACGUGCGUCCGAAGUGGAAAGUGAUAAAGGAUGUUGAAAGGUUUCCCGGUGAAUGGGGACCUAAGAAGCCCUCUGGCGAAGGUGUCACUCUUGAGAAAAUGGAAUUCCCGUUCCUGCUAUGUCGGGGAAAGAAAGCAUGAACCUGAGCGAAUUGGGUGCACAAGAUGUUCCUCUCACUAUCUUCGAAAGGCAUCUACAAAUUGACUGCUCAGGAAUUAUGUACAUACAGUACUACAAUUUCAGGUAAACAUAUUUAGCAAAUGCGUACAUUAAUACAGACUGGUCGUCAUCUCUGCCUUCUUAGUACGUUGCCGACUA